UUUUACCAGCAGAGCGAGCAGAAGAGGAUUGAAUUCCAGGUUGAAAGAAGGAUCCGUGCAGUCAAUUGGAAGCCAUCCUCUCUCCCAGACCAGCAAGAUGGGUAAAAAGAGUCGAGUGAAGACCCAGAAAUCAGGGACUGGGGCCACAGCUGCGGUUUCUCCGAAAGAGAUGAUGAAUUUAAUCUCUGAACUGCUGCAGAAGUGUAGCAGCGCUGCUCCCUCUCCUGGGAAAGAGUGGGAGGAAUAUGUUCAGAUCCGAGCUCUGGUGGAGAAGAUCCGUAAGAAACAGAAAGGGAUGUCAGUAUCAUUCGAGGGAACCAGGGAGGACUUUUUCUCCGAGCUGAUGACCUGGGGUGCAGAAUGCGGGGCUUCUUGUGACUGUUUUGAGAUCUCCAACUUUGCAGAUGAAGGAUAUGGCCUGAAGGCCGCCAGAGAUAUCAAGGCAGAGGAGCUGUUCCUGUGGAUCCCUAGAAAAAUGCUGAUGACUGUAGAAUCUGCCAAGGACUCUGUCCUUGGGCCGCUGUACAGUCAAGACCGGAUCCUUCAGGCCAUGGGCAAUGUGACUCUGGCUCUACACUUGCUGUGUGAACGGUCCAAUCCCAGCUCACCUUGGCUGCCCUACAUCAAGACACUGCCUGCUGACUAUGACACACCCCUGUACUUUGAAGAGGAGGAAGUGCGCCACCUGCUGGCCACACAAGCCAUACAGGACGUACUCAGUCAAUACAAAAACACAGCGCGGCAGUAUGCCUACUUCUACAAAGUCAUCCAAACUCAUCCGAAUGCCAGCAAACUGCCCUUGAAGGAUGCUUUUACCUUUGACGACUACAGGUGGGCAGUGUCCUCUGUGAUGACCCGUCAGAACCAGAUUCCUACAGCAGACGGAAGUCGGGUCACACUGGCCCUCAUCCCUCUCUGGGACAUGUGCAACCACACCAAUGGCCUGAUUACGACUGGCUACAAUCUAGAGGAUGACCGAUGCGAAUGUGUGGCUCUCAAAGACUACAAAGAGGGUGAACAGAUCUACAUAUUCUAUGGUACAAGAUCCAAUGCAGAGUUUGUGAUCCACAAUGGUUUCUUCUUUGAGGACAACGCACACGACCGCGUGAAGAUUAAGCUGGGUGUGAGCAAGAGCGAACGUUUGUAUGCCAUGAAGGCCGAGGUUCUGGCUCGUGCUGGGAUUCCUGCGUCCAGUAUCUUUGCCCUGCACUGCAGCGAGCCGCCCAUAUCGGCUCAGCUCCUGGCCUUCCUGCGUGUCUUCUGCAUGACUGAAGAGGAACUCAGGGACUACCUGGUGGGCGAUCACGCCAUCAACAAGAUCUUCACCCUGGGCAACACUGAAUUCCCUGUCAGCUGGGAGAACGAAAUCAAGCUGUGGACGUUCCUGGAAACACGGGCUGCGCUGCUUCUCAAAACAUACAAGACGUCCUCAGAGGAGGACCGCUCCAUGCUGGAGAAGCCUGACCUGUCCCUGCACUCCCGCAUUGCUAUAAAACUACGGUUGGCGGAAAAAGAGAUUCUGGAGCGCGCUGUGUCCUGCUGUCGUGCCAAGCGCCUGCACUUCCAGAAACAGCUGGACGAAGGGGCCCCGCUGCCACUGUACGAAGAAAGCGACAUCGCCCUUUUGGAGAACGCGGAUGCUAAACUCCCUAUAAUCCUGCGCAAACUGGAAGAAGAAGACGAGAGUGUUCAGGAGGAGAUGAACCUGGCUCAAAUCAAGCCAGACGCUGCCUGCGUGGACUCCUCCAAGACGCCCGUUCUUAACGGCCAGUGUAAAGAUCUCAAUGGUACUCAAGAGGAUCCUCCAGGAGGUGAUGCGGUGGUGAAAGAGAGUAAGGUUGAGAAGCACGACCCGAGUACCAAACGAACUGAAGGUGAACCAAAAGAUGGCGGCAAAUAGUCAUAACCAGCGCACUGUGGCAAUCUUAGUUCCUGCUAUUUAUUUAUUUUCGUUUAAGAGACUCACAAAUAGGAGCAAAAGCUUUCUAAAC